AUACUUGAUAGCAGUCUGACAGCAAAAAUAAAACAGCGGACCAAUUAUUCGGUGGUAUUAUAGAACCCAGUCUAAAACCCAAAACACGAUUGGGUCUUUAAUGAAAGCGGCGUGCUGAUUGGUUUGUGGUUUAGAAGGGGUGGAGAUAGUAAGAGUCUGUUGGUUGCCGGGAAGAUGGCUGACACCGGGACAGCGGCCGAGGAUUGAGAGCGGGGGAGGGUACAAACCGAUAUAAUAUAGGGGGUUGCGAGGGCAUACUUUCAACUUUUGAAGGUUACAAAUAUUGCUUAAAAUUCGACUUAUAGGACGUGAUUACCCGGUAAGACUGAAUAAAAACAAAUGCAUUGACUUAGCCGGGCCCCACUGCUUGCUCUGAACUAGCGAGUUAGCUUGGAGGCUAGCUUGCCAGCGAGUUGUGAGAAGCAAUCUGCUAGCUUAGGUAUUUUACAACUAAGGCUUCAUAUAUUGGAAUAUAUAUGUGAAGUGUAUAAAGGGUAUAUGCGUCACGUGUGUCCAUUGCCCCGUUAUCGAGCACAAAUCGGAAGUACAGUAGCCAGUAUUUAGUCAGAUUUGUGACUGAAGCGAGUGUGACUGUCAAAAAAGUGGUCGCUAGCUUGCUUCCCCUUCCCCGGCCCUACCCUACCCUAUCAACUCCAGCUAGCUUUUUAGCUACCGGGAUGGCGUGGUCGUUAUUAAUACACAUUGAAAGUAUCUUCUGGAUUUGUCAGUAUCGGAGAUGGACUGAAAGAAUCUCCGCCAGUAUCAUUGAUUGUAGCUAAGAGACUUCCACCGCCGGACACAAGACUGCGCUCCAACAAAACAUGUGUAGUGCGCUGCAUCUCGGUGUCGACUGGCUCCAUGUACCAUGCUGUGGCUGCCGGCCGGACUCCGCCCCCUAACGCGCGGCACCGCCAGCUUCUUCCUCGCGUCCUCUGCCCGCGGUCCCGCCCUCCGCUGAGGCGCCCGGCGGCAUGUACGCCGCCCGCUUCUACGGCGGCGGCGGCGGCGGCGGGGGCAAGCCGGGCCGGCGGCCGGGCAUGGUGGGGGCGGGGCUUCCCGUGCUGGAGAACCACCCGCACCACCACCACCACCCGCUGCCCCCUCACCCCCACCCGCACGCCCCGCCCCCUCAGAACUACCCGGCGGUCUACCAGGGCCGGCCGGACGGCCACCGGCUGCACUUCCAGAGCCACCACCACCACCACCACCACCAACCCCACUUCCACCCGCACCCGCAGCCCCACCCGGCCCCGCCCCACUACCACGCCCACGCCGGCCUGCACCCGGGCCGGAAGAAGACCUGGAACUUCAUCCACGAGAAGAUGAGCUACGACACCUUCUUCACCAUGAAGCGGCUGAUCGAGCGGUCCCGCGGCGUGGACGAGGUGCUCCGCUGGGUCACCCAGAACCCCGGCAAGAUCUCCUACAACCACUACCCCAUCGCCCUGCAGAAGAUCGGCCAGCUCCUGCAGGCGCAGCAGGCCUCCGGGGCGGGCCGUCCGGCGGCGGCGGCGGCGGGGCGGCGGCGGCGGGACUUCCCCCGAGGGGGCCCUGGCGUCCCCCGCGCGACGGGCCCCGGAGAGGGCCACUACCGCCAGAUCUCGGAGCAGCAGGACUUCCAGACGCUGUGCGGCGCCAUCGUCAACGACUGCGCCAAGUUCGACAACUUCAGCAUCGUCAACUGCCUGUACGCCGUGGCCGCGCUCGGCCUUCCCAGCGACUCCCAGGUGGUGCAGGUCCUGGAGGCGGAGUCGCGCAGCCGCCUGUCCCAGUUCAACCAGAAGGACAUCUCCAUGGUGUUCAGCAGCAGCAUGAAGCUGCACCCGUCCAGCCAGCACCCGCUGAUCGAGUCCUGCCUGUCGGGCCUGGAGAAGAACGUGGAGCGGGAGCGCCACCCGCAGACGCUCUUCCUGCUGCUGUCCUACUACCGGCUGCGCUGGCGCGCGCUGCAGGCCGAGGGGCCCUCGCCCGAGCAGCUGCUGACCAACCGCAAGAUCCUGCGCCUGGUCAAGCACACGCUCGGCAGCGUCAGCGGCGUGCGCGACCACGAGAUGGCGCUGCUGGACGAGAUGCUGUCCGCCUGCGCCUGCGAGGCCAGCAACAAGUCUGAGCUCAUCUUCAGCUCCCACCUCUUCUACCAGAACCGGCAGGAGAGGUUCAUCGCCAGCCUGGCCGAGGAGCUGCCGAAGAAGGUGGACAGCAUCACGCCGUACACGAUGGCCCUCAUCGCCAAGUACAUCGCCCGCCACCGGCUCCGCGAGACGCGCCUCCUCGACACCAUCGCCGAGUUUCUCGUCAAGAAGGGCGAGUACCUGGACAGCAAGGUGAUCCAGAAGCUGGUUCCCUUCAGCCGGAUGAACUACCUGCCGUCCAACGAGGCGCAUUUCUCCAAGCUGGAGGCGGUGCUGGAGGUGAAGGCGCUGAGCUCCCCGCUGGCCACGGUCAACAUCCUGAUGUCGCUGUUCCAGCUGGGCCACUUCCCCGGCCUGGUGCUGCACCGCGUCUUCUCCAGCUCCUUCAUCAGCAACGUCACCAACAGCCCGUACGCCCUGAUCGUGCGCCGCUACCUGUCGCUGCUGGACGCGGCCGUGGAGCUGGAGUACCAGGACUACGCGGGGCCCCGGCUGCAGGACGCGCACAAGGUGCUCAUGUUCGAGCACGCGCUGACGGCCGACGAGGUCAACCGCAAGUACAGCUAUAAGGGUCUGGUGGCAGAGGCUCUGCGGCAGCUGGUUGGGGAACACGGCUACAAGCAGGAUGAGGUUCUGGCCCCGGGCUACUACACAGACUUCCUGCUGUGGAUUGACAGCUCGGGGAGUGUGCUGCCAAUCAAGGCAGGGGGCGGGGCUAGCUUGGGCGUGGUCUCGCCGCCCUGCGUCGGGGCCCUGAGCGCCGGCGUGGCGUCCAAGUCCCCCGACGGGCAGGCGUCCGUCUCCGCCCUGGCCUCCGACUUCCAGAAGUUCUCCCCCUUCGCCCAGCUAGAGGGGGCCGAGGGGCGGGCCGGGGAGGAGCUGGGGGCCCCUGAAUCGCCCUUCCUGCCCCACCACAUCCGGCCGCAGGUCCCGGCGGCCCCCCGCGCCCCCGGGGGGGGCCCCAACGGGGGCGGGCCGCUGGACUACAGCCCCUACUACCCCGCGUCGGAGUACUACGCCAGCCUGGCCAAGGAGCAGUCGCUGGAGAGCCAGGACAGCUCCACCCUCAGCAGCCCGUCCGACUGCCUGGCCCAGGGCGGGGCCCCGGGGGCUGGGGGCGGGGCCGGCCCGGACUCCCUCUUCCAGUUCUCCAUCGGGAAGAUCCUGGAGGACGAGGGCGGGGCCUCGGUGCCGGCCCAGGGGCCCGACUGCGACCUGCCCGCCUUCUACGAGGCGGUCCCCUCCCCGGAGGGGGGGGAGGGGGGCGUGGGCCCCCGUCCCCCUCUGCAGCUGCACCCGCCGGGCUGUCCCGAGACAGAGAGGGGCGCCGCUGAGCACCACCAGGUCAAGAGAGUGAUCAUGUCGGUCAAUGACAAGUGGCACUACUGCCACAACUCGGACGUGCUGGUGGGCUCACGGGCCAUGAGGGACCGUCACCUGCAGCUGCUGGGCUACGUCAAUCCUCCAGCUGCCAUACCUGGAGCUGGAGAAGCUGAACGGGAUCGAGGAGGUGAAGCAUUACCUCCACAAAAAGCUGCUGGAGGUGCCUUAUGACGGCGGCGGGGCGGGGGCGCGUGUGCCGG